GAAAGGGAACAAUAACGAUCACGUUGACCGAAUAUAACCGGGCUCGUAGCCGGUGAAUGACGGCGAAGCACAGCACGGUGCAAGGACAGUCGUAGGUGGACCGGAGCUGCUGGGUGUGGCCUCGUAGAGGGAAAGGAGGAGGAGGAGUGCUAGUCAGUCGCCAUCUUGCCGAGCCUGCUGAUUGGUCAGUUCAGGCGUGGGGGAAUUCCCCGGGCAGAUUUCACAUACUCUUCCCUGCGCUCGGAUCAAGCACUCAUUCACCUCGUCAAGACGGAAAGAGCUGCCACCGGGACGGCAUCAUGGAUCCUCUUUUGCCCUCAAUACUUGGGGAUGAUCCACAACUCAUGGCUUUGCCGGCCAUCCGGAUCUUCGAGCAGCCCAAGCAGAGGGGAAUGCGCUUCAGGUACAAGUGCGAGGGUCGCUCCGCCGGGAGCAUCCCCGGCGAGAGGAGCACUGACAACAACAGGACCUACCCCAGCCUGCAGAUCCUGAAUUACAGAGGUAAAGGAAUGGUGCGGGUUUACCUGGUUACGAAAAACGAGCCUUACCGACCACAUCCGCACGACCUGGUGGGGCGAGACUGCAGAGACGGUUUCUACGAGGCAGAGUUUGGACCGGACCGCAAAGUGAUAGCAUUCCAGAAUCUGGGCAUCCAGUGUGUGAGGAGGCGGGAAGUGAGAGACGCCAUCAAUCAGAGGAUCACCAGAGGGAUCAACCCCUUUAACGUGCCGCGGGAGCAGCUGCUGCAGACCGAGGAGUACGACCUGAACGUGGUGCGCCUCUGCAUCCAGGUGUACCUGCAGGAUGACAGCGGCCAAUACACCCAGCCUCUCAACCCCAUCGUCACAAACCCCAUCUACGACAACCGCGCCCCAAACACGGCGGAGCUGAGGAUUUGCCGGGUCAACCAGAACAGUGGAAGUGUUAAAGGAGGGGAUGAGAUCUUCCUGCUGUGUGACAAAGUACAGAAAGACGACAUAGAGGUGCGUUUCUUCUCUAGCGAUGGCUGGGAGGCCAGAGGCUCCUUCUCCCAGGCUGACGUCCAUCGGCAGGUGGCCAUCGUCUUCAAGACGCCGCCGUACCACAACACCUCCAUAACCGAGUCGGUCACAGUGCAGAUGCAGCUGCGCAGACCCUCUGAUCAGGAAGUCAGUGAACCCAUGGACUUCAGAUAUCUGCCUGACAACAAAGACCCCUAUGGCUACAACGAGAAGAAACGCAAACGAGAGUACUUGAUGAAGAUAUCAGGGUUGACAGGAGAUCCUUUUGCUGAUCUGGUGAUGAAGAGACCAAAGGCCGUGCCGCAGAGUGUUAUGCAUAAAGAUGCAGGCGGCAUGUACAGGCAGAGUGCAGUUCCAAUGCAGCAGCAGCCCAACAUGUUCAACCAGCCGUAUCAGCAAACCCCUUCAACUAAGAUGAUGCCCUCCAACAUCCAAAUGGGCAACCCAUGGAUGAAUCCCAGCCCGAGACCGUCGGUAGACACGGUCACCAUAAAUCCCUCAUCGUCCAUGGGUCUCCAUGCCAACAGAGGUCAGCAGCCACCAAACUGCGAGUCUGGUUACCGCCAAAGACUGGAGCACGGCGGCUGCGAGGGCAGCACCCUCCCUCAGUUGUCGGUGGGGGACCUGCAGUGCUUAGACACAGCCCCCCAGCAGUCGGCGAUGAGCCAGUCCGAGUCCCAACUGCUGUACCAGCAGCAGCAGCAGCUUCUGAGGGAGGAGCUCUCGUCUGAGACUCCGCCACAAAACCACAUGAGCAACCAAAACCAGGGUCUGCCGGUUAUGUGGCCCAACUUCAGCGCAGCUCAGAGCAACUUCAACGGGUCGGGACCUUCAGGCGGUUUUCCGUUCCUCCAAGGCAUGGAGGGGGAUGAUUUCCUGAAGGGCCUGGUUGGGGGGAUGUCGCAGACGGGCUUCCAGCUGAAGCAGGAGCCCCAAAUCGCAGUCGGACAAGACGUCAACUGCCCCACAAUGCAGAAUCCCAGGGAGAAUCAGGAGAACACCUACAUCAACCUGCUCCCCCGCGCCACCAGCAAUGGCGCCAUCAUGGAUCCAAGGAGGCGAGACGAUGUCAAAAACCUGCAGAAUCCCUACGCAAACAAUGGCGUGGCCUCUCAAGGCCACUACCGCACUUUAGGAGAUUGGUUCAAAGCCGCUCGGCAAAAUGACUAGAUGGGACUUUUGGGAAUCGAGUCAAAUCAGUUUAACCCUCCAAAGCAAAAAAUGUGCCUUGGUCCAUGCCAGCACUGUUGCCCCAGGCAACCAUUGGCGCGUGGACCUGCUGUUGGCAGUCAGAUGGACCCACAGCCCACACUGUGUUAAGGUGGUUCAAGCUUUAUUUUUCUGAAUUUAAGGAGGAACUUGCAGAGGAGAGCAUCCGCUUCGCCUAAUCCGAGUCACGUCGGGAGGUUUUUGAUGUUUCUCAGGAAUUUUUACCAAAGCAAAUUGUAUCUAGAGACAAAAAAUGUUUCUAUUGGUGGUUUGUUGCCUGCUGCCGCCUCUGCUGCAGUUAAGCGGUUAGUUUGGUCGAGUUGACUCAGCAGGUCCAAUUCAGCUCUGGAACAACCGAGACCAGACCUCAAGCUAAAGGCUUCAGAGGUACAGUCGCCUGAAUGUACUUACAGAUUUUGAGGUAAAUGUUUUGUGUAGGUGGUGCGAGGAGGAAAGGUUUCUCAAGAGCGAGGAUUUUUAUUUUUUUUUACAAAUAAAUGUUGAUUUAUUUGAUUUUUGUGUUGUUCAUUGCAUCAAAGGUCUUUGUUUUUGUGAACCUGCUAAAGAUGUCAGGUAAAGUGUGUGUUUUUUAUUAGUGCAUUUGUUGUUAAGUGCACUCUGUACAAACAUGUUAGCUGCAGUUGGAGUGAAGGCAGCAUCCAUGCUUAAACUCUCAAAAACUGCCAAAGUACGGAAAUUUCCAUUGAGGAAGUGGGAAGGACGGAUGCUGGGGCGUCUGUCCUUCGUAAUGACUAUGUCAUACCAGUGAUCUCGUCUGCUAUUUUUGACAGCUUUCUUAACUCGCGUUCAAUUAUUGUUUUUUUUCAGUUCUGUUCUUAUGAAAUCGUUUGUGCAUAGAUGAAUAGUGACCCACUUCUGAUGACGGACUUUAGUAAGACAACGUUGCUACUUUCUACUGAUUUUUGUUUUCUUCCUUGAUGCCUUACUCAGGCCUGAACUGAAAGUGUCUGUUUUGAUGCACCUUUUGUACAAUUUUCUAAUUUACAAGUUUUUACAAACUUUUUAUGAAUCAAUCUUCAAUAAAAAAAAAAAAAACUGUUUCUAAAGCUC